UAAUAAGUUUUUUUUUAUGUUCCAGAUUUUAUCCAUUAUAAAUUUGUAAUGAAUAUCAAAAAAAAUCUUUAAUAAUGGCGUGUUGUAUGAAAGUCUCAUCAUGUCAUUGAGUAAAUCAGUUGAGACUUUGUUAGAAAUUUAUAAGGAAAGAAGUAAAGAACAGUUAGAAACAUUCUUAGAAGAAAUAAAUGCAAUUAUUUCUGAUGAAAUAAUCCAAAUCUUUGAUGAAUCAAACAGUUUGAUUCUGAUAAGCUUGUGUCAAUGUUUAUAUUGGGUAUAUUCUUUGAAGAGUGAAAGGUGUUUGCUUUUAAUAACUCAAGUCACUCCUGUGAUAAUAUGGUUGCAUUAUAAAAGUCUUGUGGCUAAUGUUAAGGAGAUAUCAUGUUCUGUUGAUGCUUUACUGCUUGCUAUUUAUAAUCAGGUUGUGAAUAAUCAAAAACUUCAAAAAGAUCCUCCUUUACAAGUUCCAAAUAUUUCUAUUCCAUCAAUUUAUCACAAGAUGUUGCCUAGCAUUGACAAUACAGAAGUUAUUACACCACAACCUGCUACUAUGUUUAAAUAUUUGGACAAGAUAUCUGUAUUGAAUAGAACAAAAGUAAUUCAUAUGGUUUGGUUGGAAUUCAAUAAAAGAAUUUCUUUGUGUUCAGAAUCUUCCAUCAUAUCUUGCUGUAAUACAAUUAUAAGGUUAUCAUGCAGUGGUUUUAAAUUUGUCCCAACUGUUUACACAAAGAGUGACAUUGAUGUUUUACAAGAUUAUCCUCGUUUCAAGUUUGAUUCAAUGUUGGUUAAAGAUAUGGUUUCAUCUUUGUAUUUUAUAAUUUAUAACGGAGACAGUAAAUUAGCUUAUUCUGCAUUAAAAUGCUUGCAUGAAAAGGUUUCAGUCAUAGUUUGUCCUGAAAGUAUACUGGCUACAGAAGCUUUAAUAAAUCUUUUUGAACUUUCACAACAAAGUGAUGGUGAUUUUGAGUUGUCUCCUUUAAACCCAUUUGAUUUAAAAAAAAAAAUUUAGGCUUGCUCAGUUAGGACAAGGCAAAUGCCAUUCUAGAACCUUUUUAAAGAGUAAAAGUAAUCAUCUUUUUAUAUUUAUUAUUUUUAUUAUUUUUAUUAAUAUUGUCAAAGAAAUUAUUGUUAGUUUUAUUACUUUAGGAUAAGGGAUUAUUUGGUU